AUGUAUCAGUAUCAGAGUUUAAAACAUUUAUUUCUUAGAACGAAUGGUUUAAUUAGAAUUCGACCAAAAGUAAGAGUAACAGACAAUUAUACUUUAUCACUUGUUUAUACUCCUGGAGUUGGGCAUAUAUGCAAAGUAAUAGAAAGAGAUCCAGAUUAAUUGUAUGAAUUAACAAUCACUAAUAAUUCCAUAGCAUUAUUAGCUGAUGGAUCUAGUAAUAUUUGUAUAUUAAAUAGAAUUCAACCUUGCUAAGCCAUCAAAAAUGAUUCCAAAUUUAGAAGCGAUUAGUGCACUCUAUAAAGCUUUUUACGAUAUAGAUGCUUAUCCAGUGAUUUUAAAUAGGAACAUAAUGAAUGAUGUUUCUGAUUAUUUGUUGGUGUUAGAUAAUUUGUGUGUCACAUAUAAAGUAAUGAUUACAUAUUAGUAAUUAGACAAUUGUAUUAAUUGAUAUAGAAGAUAAUUUGGCAAAGUAGAUAUUAUCUGCAGUUGAGAAUUCUAAUAUAGAUUGUAGUGUAGUAAUAUCAAAUUCAGAUAAUCUAAGAGUAUAAUUAUAUGAUGCUGCUUUAAUAAAAGCCACAUUAGAUUAUAGAGCAAUAUUAAAACCAAGUUAAUUAGAAGUAGUAAAGAAAUCAAUAACUAAAAUUGAUUUUAGUAGUUUACCAUUCAAUUUAACAAAAACUUUAAAUUCUGCUUAUGGAUUAGGAUUAUUAGAAAUUUAUAAAAAUAAAUGGUUUCAUCAUUCAAUAAAGAGUGUAAAUCCUGAAUAGUUUAUUAAGAAAUUAAAUGAUUUGUAUAUAUAUGGAGAAUUAACUUAUUAUAAUAAAUGGUCGGAUGGACAUUUAUUAUAAAAAAAUGAUUUUUAGAAAAAUGCUUUAGAAUUACAUAGAAGAUAUAAUGGAAUGAUAACAAUAGAAUUAAAGUUUAAUCCUAGAUCAUUAGAGGAUUUGUUCAGAAUAUAUGAAUGUUCAUAUCGUAAUGAUGAUUUAGGAGAAUUAAGAUAAAUGUUGAUAGAUGAUCCAAAUAAAUUAAGAGAGAUAACAUUUAAAAAGAAUUAUGCAGCAAUAAUAACAAAUGGAACAGCUAUUUUAGGAUUAGGAAAUAUUGGUCCAGCAGCAGGAUCACCAGUAAUGGAAGGUAAAUCUGUUCUAUUUAAUGCUUUGGGAGGUAUAGAUCUAAUGCCAAUUUGUUUAAAAGAAAGAGAUCCUUAAAAAUUAGUAAAAAUUAUUAGAUGGUAAAUAUAUAAAAGAUUAUAGUAUUGCACCAAUAUUUUCAGCUAUCAAUUUAGAAGAUUUAAGUGCACCUGAUUGUUUUCCAAUAGAAGAAGAGGCUAUUAAUAAUUUACAUAUUCCAUUAAUGCAUGAUGAUUAACAUGGGACUGCUGUUGUUAGUUUAGCAGCAGUUAUAAAUUACAUUAAAUUAACAAAAAAGAACAUUAAAGAUCUAAAAUUAGUGAUUAAUGGUGCAGGGUAUCAAAUAUUGCCAAUUUACUCAUUAGAGCAGCUGGUGUGGCUAUAUGUAAAUUACUAUAUGGACAUGGUAUUUAAGACAUUGUUAUUUGUGAUACUACUGGUAUCAUAUAUUAAGGAAGACCAAAAAAUAUGAAUGAAUUUAAAAAUGAAUUAGCGUAAUUCACAAAUAAAAAUAUAAUAAAAGGAUCAUUAAAAGAUGCAGUAUAAGGAAGAGAUUUAUUUGUUGGUGUAUCUACUGCAGUAAUUAAAUAUCUUUAUAUAUUAUUAAGGGUGCUUUAACAAAAGAAAUGAUUAAAACAAUGAAUAAAAAUCCAUUCAUUCUUGCUUUAGCUAAUCCUGAACCAGAAAUAAUGCCAGAUGAUGCUAUAGAAGCUGGAGCAUUUAUUAUAGCUACAGGAAGAUCAGAUUUUAAUAAUUAAGUUAAUAAUUCUCUUGCAUUUCCAGGUAUCUUUAGAGGUGCUAUUGAUACAAGAGCAAGAUAAAUUAAUUUAGAAAUGAAAGUAAUUUAUAUAAAUAUCUAUUUAGAUUGCAGCUGCUUAUGCAAUUGCAAAUAGUAUCAAAGAUUCUGAUCUUUGUACUACUAAAAUAUUACCAAAUGCUUUAACUGCUGAUAUUCCAGCAAAUGUAGCAAAAGCAGUUGCUAUUGCUGCUAUGGAAACUGGAGUUGCAAAAAUCAAUAUUGAUCCAGAUAAGGUUUUUGAUUAAGCUAGAAAAUUAAUAAUGGAAGGUAAUAUGCCAUCUUUGUGA